CAACGGUCACACUGCGAACCAGAAAGCUCGCGGAAAAAUUCGGAAGAGAAGCGGAAAAGUUCGAUACGCGCGAUUACAAAAGGCGGAAGAAAAUUACGUCCCCGACCUUGCCGACUCUGCUAUUGCAUAACUGAAAGGAACUCUACUGCCUUGAAAUGACCAACAAAGUACUGCGGAAGGUGACGCACUGCAUCUUUGACAUGGAUGGCCUCCUGCUGGACACCGAGCGCCUGUAUACGGUGGCCACUGAAAUGAUCCUCGAGCCAUACGGCAAGCCAUAUCCGUUCGAGGUCAAGGAGAAAGCCAUGGGACUCCAGACGGAGCCACUAGCCAGGUUCAUGGUUGAGUACUAUAAUCUGCCAAUCUCGUGGGAAGAAUACGCCCGACAGCAGCGCGCCAACGCCGAGACAUUAAUGAAGGACGCUCCCUUGAUGCCAGGUGCUGAGCGCCUGCUGCGCCAUCUGCACGCGAACAAGGUUCCGUUUUGCUUGGCAACUAGUUCCGGCGCUGACAUGGUCGAGCUGAAGACCAACAAACACCGCGAGCUGUUCAACCUUUUUAACCACAAGGUGUGUGGCUCCACCGACAAAGAGGUGGCCCAAGGCAAGCCAGCGCCCGACAUUUUUCUGGUUGCCGCAUCGAGAUUCGGCAAGCCUGCAGCUGCCUCCGACUGCCUGGUUUUCGAGGACUCUCCGAACGGCGUGACGGCGGCCAAUAGCGCUGGAAUGCAGGUGGUCAUGGUACCGGAUCCGCGUUUGUCCGAGGAGAAGACCUCCCACGCCACUCAGGUGCUGCGCUCCUUGGCGGACUUCAAGCCAGAGCAAUUCGGACUGCCCCCGUUCACGGAUUGAGCUUAAUGAAUGUACUUUUUGUAGCCGGUCGACGCUAUAGCUGGAAAUCGAUGUACCUACCAAGCAAAUGAUUUUAAGUGUAAUGUGUUACUUAUUAUACACGUAUUUGUGCAUAUA